CCAUUACUGUCAAUUUACCCGUAACACAUAAAACUUAUACUGAAAUAUUUCUACUAAUUUAUAUACAUUUAAAAAAUUCUAUUUACGCGAAGAUUUCUGUGUAUGAAACCAAGCUCUCAUUUGACUAAAUUAUUUCUCAGGUUGUCAAAAUAAUAUACAAAUAUGUCUCUGAUCUUCAGGUUAGCUGGACGUCAAACUUGCUCCCAAUUUUUAAAGAACGAACGAACGGGACUUCUUAAUAUAGUCAGGCCCGUGACUCUACAAUCUAAGACUGUAGAGGCAUGCAAAUCUGAAGGACAUGAUGAACGUAACAUGAGACUGAAUAGACCGCAGUCCCCACACUUGACCAUUUAUGCCCCACAGUUGACCAGUAUGCUGUCAAUCUCUCACAGAGGAACUGGUAUGGUCCUUGGAAGCUACUUGAUUGGAUUAGGUCUUGCUGGUCUGGCAUGCCCCGAUCAAAUUCCUGCUUGGAUUGAUGCCCUUCAAUCAUUUCCAGCUCCAGUUUUGCUUGGUGUCAAAUUCUGUUUGAGCUUCCCCAUGGCAUACCACUUCUGGAAUGGCAUUCGUCAUUUGAUGUGGGACAUGGGCAAAUGUCUAACCCUUAAGGGAGUCUACACAACUGGAUAUGCUAUGUUGGCUAUUACUUUUGCCACCAGCAUUGCCCUGACCAUGCUUUAAACUGGAAGUCAUUAUAUUAUGUAAUUAAAUAAUUUAUUUUGAAUCUCUGCCUAUACUGUAUAUAUUUCAGUUUAUUAAAAUAAAGUGAUAUUGUUUAAC